AUUAAUCUUAACAGGAAGAAGCUGUAGUUAUAAAAAAAAAAGUGGGUAGUGGGAUGUGUAGUUUAAUUUUUACAUGUCACUCCUACUGUUACUGUAAGACGUCACGUUUGUGCCUACAGUUCCCAACUGCUCUUGAACCAAAAACCCCGAGCCGGUAACAGGCGAAAGACCAACGUGAAGCGGGAUAUUCUGUCAAAUACCGGUUUUAUCCCCUGUCUAAAAAAGUGAGCCAUGACGGGCUUUUUGAGGAAAGCGGGUCUGUUGGGUUCGGUGUCGGUUGCUUUUGGUUCAGUUCUCUGGUCCCAGAAGAAAACCCAACCAGAUGCUUCCAAUUCCCCGUCUGCGGGUCAUCCAUACGAGCUCAGGCUGGUCCAGGUGGUGUUCCGGCACGGGGCUCGAACGCCACUCAAGACAAUCCCGGACGUGAUGGAGGCUCGGUGGGUUCCAGCGCUCUUGGAUCCUCCACCGCACACCCACAUCGACUACGUGGUGACGGAUCUUCAGGGUGGACCCAGGCCUCCAGCUCCAAUAGAAGACAACUACAGAAAAAACAUUCUCACUGGUGGCACGUUCCCCGGUCAGCUGACCACGCUGGGCAUGCAGCAGCUGUACGAUCUGGGAAGCAGGUUAAGGAGGCGAUACGUUGAGGAGCGUUCGUUUCUGAACUCCAGCUUUACUCCUGCAGAGGUUUACGUACGCUCUACUAAUAUUGUGAGGACCAUUGAAUCCGCCAGGUGCCUGAUUGCUGGGUUGUUUCAACAAAAACAAAAAGAAACCGUGCCGAUCUUGACCACGCCGGCUGAAUCUGAAAUUCUCUACCCAAACUACCACGGCUGUAAGCUGCUCAAAGCCCGUUGCAGCCAUCGCUGGGCCGAGUCGUCCACCCUGCCGGAUAUCGCCGCAGACCUGCAGAGGAUCCACAGCGCGCUGGGGAUCGCCGCCCACCACCGUGUCGACUUCAUCCUCAUCAGGGACGACAUGGUUGCCAGAGAGACGCAUGGUCUUCCCUCCCCCCCCGCGCUGGAACCCUGGAGGGACACGGUGGAACAGAGAGCUGUGGACAUGAUGCUCCACGUCUUCCAACCCAGCAACAGGGAGAACCUGCAGCUGAGUGUGGGGCCCCUCCUGCACACACUGUUGGACAACAUGGAGGAGAACCUGCAGGGGGGCUCCUCUGAGCCAAACAGGAAGCUGUUCCUGUACUCUGCUCACGACACCACCCUGAUCCCCUGCCUCAUGGCUUUGGGCAUUUUUGACAAGAAGUGGCCGCCCUACGGCGCCGACAUCACGGUGGAGCUGCACCAAAGCCAGCAGACCAACGAGCCGUUUGUUAAAGUCUCAUACAUGGGCGAGGAUCAACUGAUACCCGGUUGCAGUGGCGUCUACUGCCCCCUGCAGGAGUUCAAACAGGCCAUGUCGGCGUGCUCGCUGAGCUCAGAACGCUACCAUUCACUCUGUGAGCGCACAGAACCUGGACCCUGAACGCUCAGCCGCCGUUCACACCACACGCCUCUUUUUAUCACAUCCUCUGUUCAGCCGUUGACCUCGCAGUCGGAUUUAUCCAUACGAGCCAUAAAAUGAAGUCCUAGACAGCAAAAUGAAUCAAACGUUUCAGAAUUCUGCAUGCAGAAUAGUUUUGCUGUGCAUUUUUUAUUUUUGCCUUACUGCAAAUCAUUUGGGCAGGAAUGUAUUUACCGUUUGGAUUAGUUAAGGAUUACUUAUUGGACCCAUUUUUCAGGACGUUUCAAUGACUUUAUAGCAACAGCAACACUUCGGGAUGUGUGUGUUUAAAACACACAUGUUCUUUUCAGAAUAAGGGAACAGACAGAGGGAAACCAUGUUUUUACUGUUUGCAAUACAAAAGCUUACAAAGAUGCAAAGUUGCUUUUUAAUACAUAAACAUAUAUAAGAGGAACUCUUUUGCCCGUAAGAUUAGCUGAUUAAGACUGUGCUCUCACUGGUUGUUCUAGUUAGUAGAAUAUCCUUGCAAAGGAACUUUUACAGUGGAUUUAUGAGCCUUUGCCAGUUUCAAUCUGAAUUUUUCUUUCAUUCUGCAUAUAAUGAUGUUAAGCCUUUGGGUUUGUGGCCUUUAUUUAACUUCAUGGGUUCUAAAACAUCCCCUUAUAAUGAUCCACAGACUUUGAAAUCAUAUUUAACCUACUUUAUGCAAGUCUUUUAUUUUGAAAGAACAUUUCACAUUUUGUUUUUAUGAAGAGGAUUGACUUAAGUUUACUUUCAAGUGUUUUGAAGUCUACAAAUUUAAUUUUCAGUCACACAAACCACAAAUUGACUGUUUCCCACAGUGUUAAUUUAGCUUUAUGAGAAAGUAUUACCUAUACAUUCUGUCAUAUAGGUUUUAAAUUAAAAUUAAAAAUAUAUUUCCAAUUGCUGUUGCAAUUAUUUUACGGUUAAACUCGACCAAGUUCAGCUUAAUUCCUUCUGGGAAUGUCAAAUGUUGAGCCUUCAGCUUGCAUUUAUCAGCAGAGGUCUCUAUGAACUGAAAAGUGUCUUUGCUAUUGAAUGUUUCCAGAUUCUGCAGAACCCACUCGGUUCUAAAGCUGUAGUGGUUCUGCUGCAGGUUUCUGAUGAUGCCUUUUUGUGUGUUUCUGACAUGAAUUUGAAAAUAAAAAGAUGAGGUUUACACUGGAAAAAUGUUUGUUUCUUCACUCUUCUCACACUAAGGAAAAGCACAAUAAAGAAAUCAGAAUCAGUGA